GGCUGAUCGGCUCAGGGAGGCAGCACUGGGAUGGGACUGACCUGGGUGCUGGGAGCUGACUCUCUCCCAGCUUCUGGUUGCUGAGAAACCAGCUGCUGCUUUCCAGAAGCCAGUGAGGGAAACUAAUCAAGAGGGUGAGCUCCACACAUUUCUACCCUGACCCUAACUGACCUCGGUGGCACCAUGAAUGUGACUCCGUUCAGUUUAGAAUUACUUGCAGGAUUUCCCAGGAACGUUUCCCUAUUCCCUCCCAACAGCAACCUGAGCUUUUGGGAGACUAUUCACUUAAACAUCAACCUGCUGUUCUCGGGGUAUGAACCCACGACCAUUGUCUUGGGGGUGAUCUACACUCUGUCCUUCAUCAUUGGGUUAGUGGGCAAUAUCAUGGCUUUGAGGGCCCUCACCAGGAAGAGGAGGAACCGACUGGAGGGGGCCACAACCACCAGGAGUCUGUUGGUGAACCUGGCGACCUGUGAUAUGAUGGUAGUAUGUAUCUGCAUGCCCGUUACUCUGGGCCACCAGGUCUACAACGCUUGGGUGUUUGGAGACUUCAUGUGCAGGGCCGUCCCGUUUGUGCAAGCAGUUGCUGUCUCUGCCAGCGUCUUAAGCCUGGCAGUGAUCAGCCUGAACCGUUACUACAGUGUGCACAACCCCCUGCACGCCAGGUCAUUCUUCACCUGGAGAAGAAUCUGCUGCAUGAUCGCCGGGGUCUGGCUUCUGUCGUCCGGCCUCUGUAUGCCUUUAAUCUUCAUGAAUCAGACGGAAGAGCUGGUGCUUCUGGACGGGAAGCUGACCAUCCCGGUGUGCACAGAAAGCUGGUCCUCCGUGAGGCUGAGACAGGGCUAUAACUUCCUUCUGUUCUGCGCUCUGUACGGCUUCCCAGUGCUCUUCAACCUCCUCAUCUGCUUCCUGACUGCCCGCCGCCUCUGGAGUAACCAGGACCGCUUCCAGGAGGGUAACAAGAGGCACUUGGUGGGGAACAGCUCCCGGCUGAAGACCCGCAAGAAGAUUGUCAAGAUGGUGGUGGCUCUAGUUCUCCUCUUCACCUUGUCCUGGCUGCCCUUCUAUGUGAUUGACAUCUGGAUUGACUUCAGUGUUCCCAAUGCCCAGCCGGACGGUGCCCACCAGGACUGGAUCCUUCAUGUUCGAUCCUUUGCCCAGUGGUUGGGUCUCACCAAUUCCAGCCUCAACCCUCUCUGCUACUGUUUCAUGGGCAACCUGUACAGGUCUGUGAAGAGGAUCAAGAAAAGCUACAGGGAGCGAAUCUCUUCUGCCCUCAACCUGAACAUGUCUCAGACUCCAUUCAACUCCUCGAUCCUGCUGUCUUACCGAGCUGCCAAUGACAUCCCCAAAACUGACUUCAACAACUGGGCAGGCGGCCAGGCGCUCACUAAAGGCGAAUGUGGAUCUUCUGGAACUAUUUGCGAAACAACCUUCGAAUAAACACUGUUAACCUUAAUUGUAGUAAACUUGUUCAGACAUGAGUUACCUCAGUGUCCUUUACCAGAUCCUCUUUAUGCCGAGUUUACACUCCGUAGGUAAUCAGGAGUAUGAUUUGUCAAUUGUUUCGGUUCCUGUGUGUUUUGCUCCUACAGUAAAAAAAAACUUGCUUCUUCCUGCAAUUUUCCUUUGAAACGGGCGGGAGCGCUAUUAAUGGGUCAAUAUUCUGUCCCAGGGUUAUCCCUGCCUCGUUCAGGAGUCGGCAAGCAACAAGUUAUCAAGCCCUGAGAUCAAAAGAGAAGCGAGAUCUAAGGACAAAUGCGACUCCCUGCGAUGCGAAGGGUCUGAGCUGUAUGAUUCUAUGACUUUAUGACUAUGACUGAACCAGUUGCCAGUUCAAGGAAAAUCGCCAUCUGUCAAAUAUAAACAGACCAUAAAAUGAAAUUAUGGCAUUGUAGUGAAAGGUGAAAAUAUGGCACGUAGAUAAUAAUCAUUGAAAAUAAAAGUAAUGGCAUUCUGAUUAAAUCACUCUCAAGCAUAGUCCUAAGAUGUUGCUUUCUGACUUUGCGUGUUACAAUAGUCUUCCAGGUUUACUAUUCAGAGCUUCUGAUUUUGGAUAUAUGGUCUGUUGAGCAGUUAAGAAGGAGUGAGAUAAUCAUAUUGAGGCUCUGGAGAAAGGCUCUCUGUCGUUAAAUAGAACACAAAUAGACUUAACAUUGAAAUAGGUCUGGGUCCUCACACAAAUACAGACUUGUAAGGGACAGAAAUCUGAUGUCCGAUUUCAUUCCACUUGUGCUAGCUCCUCUGCACUAGGGCUGCUGAAUAAAAUGAAAAUGAACUGAGAUUCAUCACAAGGCAACUUGAAAGCAUUGCUAAAGGCCAUUGCUAAAGACUGGGACAUGGGGAUGAAAUAUAUUUAACUCAUUAUGCCGAAUAAA